AUGGCAGAGGAAAUUCUCGAUAAAGUUCGCGAUGUUGUCGAGGGCGAGAUUGACUUUAAAGGCCAGAAACGUGCGGAAUUGAUCGGGACACUCCUUCUCGCUAUCACCGGCCUCAUCGCGUUCAACGUUGGCUGGGUGAAGCAGGACAUUGUAUUGGCUAUGUAUCUCGGGGGAGCUGGGACAGCACUGUCAUUUAUCGCGGUGGUCCCCCCGUGGCCAUUCUACAACAAGGACCCUGCCAAGUGGUUGCCCGUAGGCUCUGGCCUGACGGUAGGAUAA